CGUCAGUGUAGAGGGUCCACCAGUCGUCCGAGGUAGUCGAAGGCUCCCCGUCCGUGGCUGCCCUUGCGGUGCAUUCCGUCACAAAGUCCGCUAGGGCUUGGCCCUUGAUGGCAGGCCUUGGACGGAUGUCAAUGUUGUAUUGGCUCAAGAAGAUAGCCCAUUUAACCAUGCGGGAGGAGCUGGUGGGGCUCCUCAUGAGGGCGCCGAGGGGUUGAUGAGUGAGGACCUGAACGGGGUGAGCCUGAAAGUAGUGGCCCAACUUCUUGACAGUCCAAACGAUGGCCAACACCGUUUUUUCCACAGGGGAGUACCUGAGCUCGGCCUCCCUUAGGGUCUUGCUAACGUAGAAGAUGGCAUGUUGGAUGCCGUCUUCCUCCCGGAUGAGCACAAAGCUGAUGGCUGCCGGGCUAACCCCAAGGUAGAGGUAGAGGGUCUCCCCUACCUUGGGUUUGGAGAGCACAGGGGGUGAAGAUAUAUAUCUUUUUAGCUCGUCGAAAGCCCCCUGGCAUUCUGGAGUCCAUAGAAAGCCAGCCGUCUUCCUCAUGAUCUGGAAGAAGGGUAGAGACUUCUCUGCCGAUUUAGAUAGGAAGCGGUUGAGGGCUGCCAGGCGGCCCGUCAACCGUUGAACUUCCUUCACGUUGCGUGGGGGCUCCAUGUUGAUGAUGGCCUGGAUCUUCUCGGGAUUGGCCUCAAUACCCCGUCGGCUCACCAUGUAGCCUAAGAAUUUGCCCCCUUGGACGCCGAAGGUGCACUUCUUCGGGUUUAGCCGAAGGUUGAAUUUUUGCAUGAUGGCAAAAAUUUCCCGGAGGUCGUCAGCAUGACUGGAAGAUUGCUUGCUCUUGACGAUCAUGUCGUCGACAUAGGCCUCCAUGGUGCGCCCUAGGACGGCUUGAAAGACCCUGGCCACCAUCCGGGUGUAAGUGGCCCCUGAGUUCUUUAGGCCGAAGGCCAUCACUAGGUAGCAGAAGAUGCCCUCGGGAGUCAUGAAGGCAAUUUUUUCGGCGUCCUCCUCGUGCAUGAAUAUUUGAUGGUACCCUCGGAAGGCAUCGAGGAAGGACAUGAUUUCACACCCCGCGGUCUCAUCCACCAAUUGAUCAAUGUUUGGUAGAGGGAACGGAUCCAUGGGGCAUGCUUUGUUGAGAUCAGUGUAGUCCACGCACAUGCGGAAGGUAGGGGGCUUCUGGGCGAGGACUACAUUUGCUAGCCAUGAGGGGUAUUUUACCUCCUUGAUGUGCUUGAUUGAGAGGAGCAUGGCGACCUCCUUCUUCACAAAUUCCCUUCUCUCGGCGGAGAGGGGUCUUCUUCGUUGUUGCACUGCUUUUGCCGAGGGGUCCACCGAGAGGCGGUGGGUGAUGACCCUUCGGCUAAUUCCCGGCAUGUCCUCCGGCCCCCAUGCAAAGACAACGGAGUAGGCGCGGAGGGCGUCGGUGAUACCGGUCUUCAAAUCUUCAGGGAGCUGGGCUCCAAUCUUCACGACUCUCUCCGGCUGGGCCGGAUCGAGCGCAAAGUCUUCCUCGUCCUCGGCCGGUUCAGCCCUCGGCCUUCUUUCCUCCUGGUCGACGGCUCCGGUGGUGGUGUCAACACGGAGUUCCGUCUUGCUUACCUUCUUAGUGACCUGAAGAUAGCAGGCACGGGCAAUUUUUUGGUUCCCCCGGGAGUAGCCAAUGCCCCCAUCGGCGGGAAACUUGAGGCAGAGGUGCCUCAUGGAGAUGAUGGCCUCGAGGUCCUCGAGGGCUGGCCGGCCGAGGAUGAUGUUGUGGGCGCAGUCAAUGUUGACGACGACGAACUCCACCUCGAGCUGGGCUCUAUGGAGCCCGUCGCCGAAGAUCACCGGGAGGGUUAUUACCCCCUCGGAAUCAAUGGUGUCGCCGGUGAAGCCGGCAAGAGGGGUCUUAAUGGGCCGAAGGGACCCCCUCUCCAGAUGCAGCUCUCUGAAGGUGCUGAGGUACAUUACAUUGACGGAGCUGCCCGUGUCAACGUAAGUUCGGUGAAUGAUGGUGUCGUUGAUCUCCGUUCGAAUCACCAAGGCAUCCCGGUGAGGAGAAGAAGUAGGAGGGAGAUCUGCGUUGGCGAAGGUGAUGGGUUCCUCCCUCAAUCGCUUUACCGGGGGCAUAUGAGUGACUUCCCCUACGUAAAGCGAUUGAGCCCACUUCUUUCGCUGGCUGGUGGAAUCGCCCCCUGUGUUGCCACCGGUGAUCAUGAGGAUGUGGCGUUUUUUCUCCUGGUAGUGGGGGUAUUCCUCCUCCUCUUCUUCCAAGUUUCCAAUCUCCCUUUUCUUGCCGAGGGGGAUGGUAUUCGGGUUUACCCAAGCGUUUACCUUCGUGUGAUGCCCUCGGGGAGGCCCCUGAUGAGAAGGUCCCUCCUGCCGAGGGCUCUGGACAAAUUGGGACAGGUGCCCCGCUUGUAUUAAUCUCUCGAUGGUUGUCUUCAGUUGAUGGCAGUCAUCGGUCCUGUGCCCCUGGUGCCGAUGGAAGCGACAGUAGGGGAACUGAGGGUUGAUAGCGUGUACCUCCGGGGGUGCGCGAGAAUCGCGUUCAACGAGGCCCCUCUCCUCUGCAAAAUCGAGGAUGAUGCUGACAGGGUGCGUCAAUGGGGUCCGAGGGCGGUCCAGGAGAAUGGGCUGGGCCCAAGUCUUAGGGUUGCUCCUAUAACCUCCCCCGGGCUUGGCUUGGCCUUGUCGAGGGCGAUCAUCAGAGGGUCCCGAAGCCUUGGGGCGAUUUGGAGGAGCCCCCGCCCCUCGGUUGUGCUUGUUGUCAGCCCUCGGGGGCUGCUGGUCCGGAUGCUGGUGAUACUUCUCCACCUCCUCGGCCUCAGCAUAUCUGUCCCCCCGCUGCAAGGCCCUUAUGUAGUCGCGGGGGGGUUCAAUGAUGAGGCUCCUUGAAAAGUUGCCGGUGCGGAGGACGGUUUGUAGGAGGGCCAGGAGGGUCCCGUCAUCAGCACCGUCGACCUUGUCGUCCUCCGUCCUCCAGCGCUCCAGGAAAUCCCGAAGGGUCUCCUCCUUCUUCUGGCGUAUCAUUAGGAGGUGGGAGAAGUGCUUCCUUGUGCGACGCCUCCCGGCAAAUUGUGUUAAGAACCGCUGGGCGAGUUCUUGCCAUGAAUCAAUACAGCCCUCGGGCAGCCUGUUGAACCAUUCGUAUGCUGGUCCCUCUAAGGUGGAGAGGAACCAACGACACAAAUAUUCGUCUGACGCCCCCACCAUCAUCAUGCUGUUCUGGUACUUGCUGUAAUGCUCCUGGGGGUCCGUUUUUCCGCUGUAGGGCUGUAUGUGUUGCCCUCGGUAUUUCUCCGGGAUCCGGGCCGCCAAUACCCUUGGGGUAAAUGGCGUCCGAGUUCGGAGCUGGAUGACAGGUUCCCCGGAGCCCUCGGCCACCUUCUUCUGUAGUUCCUCCAUUUUGGCCAUCAUGGCCUCGUAUUUGAGGUCUGAGUGAGGGGUGGAGGUGGUGGCGUGAGCUUUGUUGGACUCCAUCUCGUCAAGCCGGCGUUGGAGGGCCGCAAUGAUCUCGUCCCGGGGGUCCCUCAGGAGGGUCUCCGCCCCCUGCGAACGAACCCGGGCCGAGUGGGCCUGGUUGAUUUGGUGCCGAGCAUCAUCGGCAUGAAGGGGUGCCUUGCCUUUGUCCCGAGGGGGACGCUCCUCGUCUGCCCUCGAAACAGAUCCCCCGCUUUCCUGGGGCUUUUGGAGUGCUUUCCCACCGAGGCGGUCUUGGACCCCUCGGCGGUCUGGCCCUCCUCCGAGCCGGUUGAGGGCGGAAGUGCGGGGCCUCUCCCUGUUGUCAUUAUGGCGGUCCCGGGACUGAACUUCCUGGGAGGAUGUUUCUUGGGCCACCACCCCUUCGUCGUUUCGCACCCGAGGGGUGGGAUUUCCAAAGGGGUGUGGCAGAGGGGGAAGUAUGAUAUUUUCCCCGAUCUGAGGGUGAGCUGGAGCCAAACGAUGAAGGCCGAGAGCGCCGAUUGUACGUCGAUGGUGAGAACCGGAGGGCUGACUUGGUCAUCGCUCCGGUUUUUCUUCUUGGCCUCGAUGCCGAGGCGGGCAUCGGGGGCAUUUUGUCGGAUCUGAAGGCGUAGGUCGACAGCCGCCUGUUCCAGCCCAACGAUGACACCGCCCUCGGGAGCCCUGUGAGAGGCUUCGGGGGCGUUGACGUCGCCGAGGGGUAGGUUCUUGUCGUCUACGUUCUUUGAGUUGGCACGUGUUGUCCUCACCAUUUCGAUAGAGGGCUAGUGUUUUGUGUUUGGUCGAGGGGGAGGGUUUCUUACUCGAUUGUUCAAGCUCUCAACGAGAGCACCAAAUGAUGGAUAGUCUACCCGGGGGUAUAUAUCCGAAGGGUUACUACGGGGAAUAACUUAGAGAGAAGUCAGAGCCAGUAAAUAUAUAUAGAGAGAGUGUAUUAUAAAUGUGGAGCGUUUUCAGCGUGGUUACAAAUGGGGAAAUGGGGUGCUAUUUAUAGUAGCAAUAAAUGCCGGGCAGUGACACGUGUCAAGCGCUCAUUGGCCGAGGGGUCACCUCAACUGGUUGGCGCUGGCAGCCGCAUGUGGCCGCAUUCAAUGCGGCUGUUGGAUGGGACGUCUGUGCGGGGUACGGUGAUCUGUACGCAUGUGAGGCAGAUAUCUUGUCGAGUGAGGUGCCUUCGGCUAUAGAGCAGUAACCGAGGGCUCUCCCACCCGAUGGCACCCUGGUGCCGAGGGCUCACAAUGCCGAGGGCUACUGUUUUCGCCGUUUUCUCCCAGUUUCCUAAUUUGCUUGGGAAACCCGCUCUGUGAUAAUUUGGAGCCUUCGGCCAGGGGGCCGAAGGCACCCCUGUGCGUUGUGCGGGCUGCUCGGUACUCUGGGCGCUGUGAUUUGGGCCUGUUGGGCCUUUUGGGCCUGUAGGGCCUUCGCUGGAGUAGUAGGAGUCUGUGGGCCGGGGGUUCCCGGGCCAUAUACUCCAUCAAUGGUCAAAACAAGGAUUCAACGGGAGAAUCGAGUGAAAGCUUGUCUCUAGGAGGAUGUCUUUCAGCUAGUGGGAGUAACUCUAGAAACACUUAAAAGUGUAGCACUAGAAAACUCUCCGAGCAUUGGAUAGUCCAAUGAAAGAGAACCUCUUCACAAUCAGAAUGAACAGCCUGAACAAAAUGCAAAACAUUCAAUUCUCCGGGUCUACAAGGAUUCGUCAUGAACUAACUAGGUUUGACUUCCUCAUGGAGGAUCAUGAUGAUGUUAAGAUUCCUGAUAAGGAUGAACCUAAAAUCUACAUUAAAGCAAUAUUAGAUGUUGAUUUACAGAGGUGGCGAGAUGCCUGAAAUCUAAAAUGGACUUGAUGUAUAUCAAUAAAGUAUGGAACUUGGUUGACUUGCCUGUUGGGUUAGACCCAUUGGAUGCAAAGGACUUUCAAGAAUAAAAUUGAUGCUGAAGGUAAGGUGCAAACAUACAAAACUAGGCUAGUGGCUAAAGAUUAUAGUCAAUGAGAAGGAAUUGACUAUAGUGAUACCUAUUCGCUAGUUGCAAAACUCAAGUCCAUUCGGAUUUUGCUUGUGACAGCUGCAUACUCUGAUUAUGAGAUUUGAUAAAUGAAUAUCAAAACCCAUUUCCUUAAUGGAAAUCUCAAGGAGGAGGUGUACAUGGUACAACCUGAAGGUUUUUGCAUCCAAGUCAAAUUCUAAAUCAUUAUAUUAAUUAUAGAAAUCUAUUAAUUUGAUGAAAUUGUCAAAUUGUUUGACGUCAUCAAAUGAAAUGAGGGUACUUGCGUGUUUAGAGUGUGCGACAUGGAUAACAUGGUCUUUAUAAUCAUAUAUGUUAAUAAUAGAGAAUGAUAUCCCCUCAUUGAAGUCCGUGAAAGAAUGGUCACCCAAAAUCUUCAUGAAUAUCUUUUUGUCUAUGGUAGACAGAAAGAACUAGUAGAAUUUUAUUAUUCUAGCACUAGUUUCAUGUAUGAUAAGAAAGACUACGAGUCAUAGUCAAUAUAUGUUUUUAGUCUCAACGUAAUAGUAGUACUGAAAGAGUUGCAAGUAAGAAACUAUUAUAAAUUCGAAAACUAGAGCCUAGUAAAUUGUUGCAUUUGAUGCAACAUAGGUAAGCGUUUAGAUACGUUAGUUCCUUAAAGAAAUAGAGGUAGUUCCUAGCGACAAUUAUUCAAUAAUUGUUAUUGUGACUGUACCAGGUGCAUUUGCACAAGCUAAGGAACCAAGAUGCAAAGUAAGGAACUAGAAAGUACCAGUAUGCUAUCAUGUUUUGAUAACAAAUAGCAAGAUGAGAAGUUGCAACAGAAUGCCUUCCCGUAGAGGACAAUUUGGCAGGCCCAUUCACCAAACCUUUGAGAUGUGAGAAACAUUGUAGGCUUUUGAGAGUUUAGGUGUUCGACGCAUUGGUGAUUGACACUAGGCCAAGUGGGAGAUUGUUAGUAUAUAUGUUUGAGCGACAAUCACUUUUUAGAGAUAUAUGUACUUGAUCACAUUCAGUUUAUAUAUUUGAUAUAUACGGUAUUACACAUUGAUGAUUAAGUAUUUCGAUUGUCAAUAUCUUAUUCAUAAUUGUGUUCCCUUGGACUUAUGUUGUCAAUAAGUAAGUGGGAGCUUAUAUGAUAUAACACAAGGUCCUAAAAUAACACCAAUCAAUGAUUAUCAAGAAAGGGAUAUUGAUGAUAUGCGAUAAGAUUGGUAUGUGGACUGCAUCAUACUUUUAGAAAGUAUAGUUGAUCUCACAACUUUGAGUUCCUGUAAUUCAUGAUGGUCACAUAGAUAUUUUAGAGAAUAUUGGCAUACCCACCGAGAAACCAUUUGAUAAGUUCUAUUCAUGUGUCUAUGGGAUUAUCGGCGUAUAGAGUAGUGUAAUAGUCCUUCAACUUGAGGUCAAUACGUACUACAUGUGCGAAGUGAUGUACUUUGACCAUGACCAACGCUUGCACUCCAAUCGAGGUAUAGAUACAGCAUGUGUUAGGUGCAUCACGAAGCACAUUGAAUAGUAGUUGAGCCAAGAAAGGAUUCAUUCCUCGUAAUAGAUUAAGAGAGAACAUUCUACUUCUCAUAUCUAGAUGGAUCAUAAAGUCAUUGACCAAUGCAAAGAUAUAUUCGUUUUGGAUAUCGAAUAUGAUCAUUAUGGAUCAUCUAGAAAAAUUGAGAGACAGAAACUAAGUUAUUAGAAUAGACACAAUAUCAUGUUCUAGAUUUAGUUGAAUGUUCGUUGAAUGAAAGGACUGUAUCACUAUGAGCUCUAUAUUACAGGGAGUUUGAAUAGUCCUCGCAAACGUCCUUAUAUAUUAAGUUUGUCUGGUAAAUCGUCUAGAGAUUCUACUAAAACCUUAAUUUGAUUAGUGCUUAAUAUAUAAGGCCCUAUGGGUCACACAACAAGUGAUAAUACCUUCCGAUUGAAUUGAUUAGAAGGAGAUAAAUAUUAUUAAUUGGAUUAAAUGAUAUUUAAUUCGUAAUACUGAAAAUGGAUUAAAUAUUAAUUAGAUUCAUAUAUUUAAUUCAUUGUGUUGAAGGAAAGUUCUAUUUGAUAGAAUUAAUUAGGUAUGAUAAAUUAGAUUUAUUAUACUUAAUUAAGAUGUAUUUAUAAUUAAAUAAAGUUGGGAUUUUAUUGGGUACAAUUUAGAAUAAAAGUGUAUUCAAUAAAAUAUAAAUAAAAUAAUAAAAAUAAGCAUUAAGAGAGAAUGGGUGGCGGCAACUCCAUUCCUCUUUAUUGUGUAAUUUAUUAUUACUAUUAUACCUUUAUUUAAUUAAUAAGGAGUACUGGUUCUCGUAGGACUAGAACUCAUUAAUGAGCAAGACUUUCAUUGUAAUUGGGAAACUAGUUUAGAACUAGUAUAAAUACAUCCCCCUCCUUCAUAAUUGAGAUCAGUUUUCAGAUUCAGUAUAAACAGUUUAUUUCCCUGCGAAGAGAUUUCCUAGCCUUUCUCUUAGGGAGAUCUAACCGUUCUUUCAGAAAGGUUAAGGAUUAUAACCGCUAGACUGGAAGAUCUGUAAGUUGUAACUCAGAUAUGUUAUUAUUAUCAUAUUCAUUGUUUUAUCAUAAUCAGGGAAGAUCUGUUUGGGAAAAUUUUAAACUUCCGCUGCUGUACUUUCGAUGUACGUUACAUCAAUUUCCUAACAAUUAUAUGUAUGAUGAUAAUAAUAACUUAUAGUUAUAAUUAUAUUUAUGAUGAUAAAUCUGAAUCAUUCCGAUCUGAUCUAAAUAUUUUUAUGUGAUUGAGUGUUUAUAUGGGAACAUAUCAUGUCAGACGAGAACAGCAAAAUUCAAAUUUGAUAAAAAAUAUUCACUUUAGGCGAAUAGAAUUACUUCUUAAUAUCAACCAUAUUAAUGAAAUAGAAUUCUCGGAAUAAAUAUCAUAUCAGCUCAACUUCCAAAAAAUUGCAUAACAUCAAAUUCUUUAUAAAUUAAUGAGACUUUAAUACAUUUAAGAGAACUCUAAUCAUACAGAAUUGAGAAAUAAUGGCAUGUUUCUCACUUAUGGCUUUUCAAUUUCCAAAAAUACAACCCAUCAGAUAAUCUUCUAUUAUACAACAAUAGGAGAAAACUUGCCCAGAAUUCCCGCUCAAAAAUGUCCAAUCAACAGGCGGGUCGGGUCUCACGCGUGGCGGGUCGGGUCUGGCAGCUUAUUCAAUGCUCUGUUCUUUGAAUUUUGAGAAUUUUCUUAGGUGCUGAGGCUGAAAUUGCCUGGCAUUAAAUGCAAGCCCAAUGACCAAUAAAGCAUUUGUGAGGCUCAAUAAAAAGUACAUCAAAGAUGGGCUGCACGUUUUACAAUGGAGAAGAAAGGACCAAGUUUAAUUUUAAAAAAUGGGCCAGGGUCACUUCGAAUUAAUUACUGUGUACUUCAAAAUCUUUAAUUGUCAUUCAAAAAUCUUUAUGGCUGAAUUUAAAUGUGUACUAUAAAAUCUUUGGUAUAGAUUUUGUUAAAGGACCAAUGGUCAAUAACAUAUUUGUUUUUGAGAAGCCACACCAUUCACCACCUAUAAAUACACACGAAUUGGGUUUCAAGCCACACCACCACCGAGCAAUUCACAAGUAAAACGAGCACCCCAUCUGCUGCAAUGGCAUGUUCAUCAACAUAGACCGGAAUGUGGUCCCUGAUCAAAGACAUUGAUCAGACAAAGACCACCUGGGCUUUGAGGGUAAGAGUUGUACGAUUUUACGAGGUUCCUCCCCAUUCCAGGGGUGGAGAGACCCUUGAGAUGGUGCUGCAUGAUGCAAAGGGGGAUCGAAUUCACGCAACUGUGAAGAGGCUGCAGCUAGCAAUGUAUAGACCAUUGAUCAAAGAACACCAUGUGUACACACUAAGGAACUUUUUGGUCAUGGACAACUACCAAACAGUGAAAACAACUUCACAUCCUUAUUUGAUCCAGUUCAUAAGCAAGACUGCAUUUAGGGAAGACAAGACUGAACUACCUAUGUUUUUGUAUGACUUUCAACACUUUGGGUUGCUUCAAGAGCAAAGAGUGAUCAAUGACAGACAACUCAUUGAUGUGAUCGGUAAGGUCGUAUGCAGAAGCAUGGUUCAAACACACAUCAUCAAUGGAAAGGCUGAAAGAUUGAUGGAGCUAACAUUGGGUGACCCUGAAGGCAACAGACUUGGUUGUGUGCUGUGAAAUAAAUAUAUAACCCAGUACAUGGAUUACGCUACCCAGCAUCUUGAUGAAGCGAUUUAUAUAAUAUUUCAGCUUUGCAGGCCUAAAAGAUAUCAGGGUGCCCUAUCUGUGUCAUCUUCUUUUGAUGUGUCAAAGCUGAUCAUUAAUGGCACAACGUCCGAGUUUCUGGACUUCAUAAGCGAAUUUCCGGGUGACGGUGAUGACAAUAUGACGGGAACGACUGUGACACAAACCACACAAGGGGAUGAAAGUAGGGAUGACAUCCUAAGUGGGAAUGCAACCAUAUCCACCCUGAAUGCUUUGCUUAACACAACUGAGGGUUUUACUUGGUGCUUGGAGACAUAGUCUCCAUAGGGAAUUUCCGAGAAUGGUGUUAUCUUAGCUGCCCAACUUGCAACAAGAAAUUGAAAUCUGAGGAAGAAAGGUUCAGGUGUGCUCAUUGUAAUGACACCCUUGCUGAGGGAGUUUAUCGCUACAAGGUCAGCAUUUGUCUCAUGGACAAUUCGGGACAUGCUCCAUUUACUCUGUGGGACUGAGAAUGUAUUGAUUUCUUUGGGAAAACAUCAGGAACCUUGAUGCUUGAAUUGGAGAAGAAAACUGGAGACACAACACGCUUUCCAGAAGAGAUUGAGAGUUUGAUUGACCAAAAAGCACUUUUCAGAAUUCAUAUAAAGAAAAGAUCUGAUGAAAAUACUUACAAGGGAACUUUUUCUAUAGGAAUUGUAUCAAUGAUUCAGACCGCCUCUGUGGUUGCAUUGUAUGUAGAGGAUGAGAAGGAACAAACAGCCAAAGAGGAUACGACCCCAGAAAAGGUUGCAUCAAGCACAAGCAUUGGCGAAAAGAUAGCAAAGAACGGUAAACGUGUUUCAGCUGAGAAAGAGGACCGUUCUCCUAUUGACCUACCAGAUACUCCACCAGCAUGCACACAGAGGGAGGUUGAGGUUGAACUGACUGAUGAAAUCAAACGUAAUCUGAACGAUGAGUUUUCUACCAAUGGAAAAGUGAAGAAGCUGAAGAUGAAAAUCAAACAGGAACCUGGUGUUUAGGGAAACUAAGGAGUGAUUUACUAAGACAUUGUUUAAAAACCUUUUUUGCUGUUUUAUGGCUGUGUGCCUUAGCUACUAUUUUUGGAUGUGUUCAAACACUAGCACAAAGACACUCUAAAGUGUUGAAAGGCUAUUUGUUGCUUUAUUUAUCUAUGUUUUGAGACCAGGGUUGUUCAUUGAACAAAUCCUACUGUCUUUACAGGUUCAUGAAGUUGAAGUGUUCUACAAAAAUAGGGAGGC